UAGAUGAAGAUGAAUGGAAUACCUCGUCUGCCUAGGUAACAAGUAGUUCUUGUGUUAAUAUUCAAGUUUUAAUUGUAUAAGCGACGGUAGUGUUACAACUCCAAUUUGAUCUUGGAUAUCGUGAUUGUUAUCGUGAAUACGACCAAUAACCAUGGAAGCUGAACAAGUAGAUUGUGUGGUGGUGGGAACCGGCUGGACAGGUCUUAUCUGUGCCAAAACGUAUCUUGACUUCGAGCCACACGCCAAUGUAGUUCUCAUUGACGACGGCGAAUCCAUUGGUGGUGCUUGGAGAAUAGAGAGGAUUUAUCCCAGUUUGUAUGCUCAAGUCAAAUAUGGCCAAUUCGAAUAUUCCUUCUUUCCCAUGCGACGCGAAGGUAUCACCAAGGAUGGCUAUAUCCCAGGGGAUACCAUCAAUAGAUACCUGGUCGAGUUCGCUGAGGCUUACGAUCUUGUGAGAAGAUCCCGCCUCUCUACAACUGUCUGCGAAAUCAUCCGCCUACCAGGCCGCGGCUGGAGACUGGAGCUCUCAGGUGGAAAGCGCCCAGUGGAGUGUGCAAAACUCAUAUACGCUUCUGGGCCGACUUCACAUGCAGUGGUUCCCUCAUGGCCUAUGUCGAAUUUUCAUAUACCUACAAUCCACUCGGUCGAAACUGGUGCGCAUUUGGAUGCACUCGAUAAGAUCCAGAGAGCUACUGUAGUGGGGGGAGCCAAGUCCGCCUUUGAUACAGUGUUCCUCCUCCUAAAAGCCAGGAAACAAGUCGACUGGGUGAUCCGCAAGGAUGGAGCCGGCCCAGCUGCGUUAAUGCCACCGACUAUAUUCGGUCUUGUCAAUACGAUCGAUGUUAUGUCCACUAGGGCGUUCGCAGCCUUUGGGGCUAGUAUUAUGGCCACGAAAGGUCUUAGCUACAGACUGAUCCACAAAACGGCUUUGGGCCAGACGUGCCACAAGGCGUUUUGGCGCUUCGUCAAUUGGAUCGCUGAUACACACGCUGGUUAUAGCAAGUCGCCCAAUGCAUUUAAAUUGAAACCUAUCCCCCACGGUGAAGGUAUCUUUUGGGCGAGCGGUGGGCUAGGAUGCGCCAGCGUUCCAGAUUUUUGGAAGGUAUUUCACGCGGGGGAUUGCACCGUGCACAGGUCGGAGCCAGAAUCCUUAGUUGAUAAUACCGUCAAGCUUCAGAACGGCGUUGCGCUCAAUCCAGACUACGUGGUACUCUGUACUGGAUUUGACAAGAACUGGGAUCCGUUCAGCCGCGACCUGCAACGAGAAUGUGGCCUAAAGCCUGACCCAGGUGAGGCAGAUAAGUGGACGCAGCUUGAAGCCAAAGCUGUUAAAACGGUUGACGAUGUGCUGCCUGUCCUCCGAAACCCGGGAGUUAAGCUCCGGGACCUGAAAUCAAUUAACCACGAGAUGGUCGCAGGUGAGAAAAAGGAACUUUCGCACGGACCAAGCCGGCAUUAUCGUCGAAUGGUAUGCCCUAGACCGGCUUCCCAGGGCGAUACUUCCAUUAUCUUCCCGGGUCUCAUGCACAAUGUCUACACACCCUUGGUUGGGGAGGUGCAGGCUUUAUGGGGAGUCGCGUUUCUUCUUGGCCUACACAAGGUGCCCUCUCUGGCUGAGAUGGAAAAGGAAGUGGCCGAGUGGAACGUAUGGACUGGAAAGAGAUACCUCACUCAGGGCCGCAAGCACUCAUAUGGAAUAUACGAUUUCGUUUCCUAUAUCGACUUGUUACUUAGCGACUUGGGCGUCGCGACGAGGCGAAAAUCUAAUUUUCUGGCCGAUAAAUUUCUACCAAAUUUACCAAAGCAUUACCGUGGCCUGGUCGAUGAGUAUCAGAGAGCGCAGGCUUGUAAGAGCCAGGCAGGAUUCGCUCAGUCAGCCAUUCUAGACACGACACCAGUUACAGCGUCGCAAGUCAUGUUGUUUGUUACAUUUGUGGCGGUUCUAGGUACUUUACUCCUCUGGCUGUCUAGAGAUUAGUAGCAAGAAUGGUACACGUAGCCGAAAAUCAAUUCAAAUGGGUAGAUAUGCUACAGCAUCACUAGAAUAGGUAGAAAAUACUAUAUUCUCUCGUCGUUUUUUUGUUGUAA